AAUAGUUGGCGGGAGUGGAAGGGGAGGAACAUUCGAAUGUAUUAUUCACUAAUCAGAACUAGGCACGUUUUUGACAACUCGUUUGUGUACAAGAUAAUGGCGUCAACUGUUGCAGUGUCUGUCGCCACUACAGUGUCGGACUCAGAGCGGUGUGAAGGCGAGGAAGAGUUACGGGGGCUCGAGACUGAAGAAGAGAGUAACCAACAUACUGGGCCCGUUGCAGCACCCUCCCAGAACCGUCUAGCGAAGUUACCGCUGUCCCGUAUCAAGGCACUGAUGAAAGCGGACCCAGACGUGUCCCUCGCUAGUCAAGAGUCUGUGUUUAUCAUUGCUAAAGCCACAGAACUCUUUGUUGAAAUGAUUGCCAAAGAUGCCCUGGUGUAUGCCCAUCAAGGAAAGAGGAAAACUUUGCAGAGGAAAGAUUUAGACAAUGCAAUAGAGACCGUAGAUGAGUUUGCCUUUUUGGAAGGCACUCUAGACGCCUAGACACACUCAGGAGACAGCCGGCAGUUCAAGAAUCAGAGGCAUUCUUCAUAAGGACAAGAGACAUUUGGAAAACAGACUGACCUGUCUUACUUUUGAAGUGAUAUCGCUGAGUUGGUAUUGGUCACAAGGACUUUCCUUCCUGGACAUAUAAACUGUAAAGACAUCAGUGAUGAUCCUCCCUCAGUUAGUCUUGUAUGCAAGGAGUCUGCCAUUUUCUAUUUGUAAAUAAUAUGAGAUUAUGUUGAAAUAAAUCAUAGUGUAUAAACCUGA